AUGCCAUGUGUUUUAGUUUCAAUUUUAACUAACAGCAAGUUAGCUGGUCGCUAUCUCCCCGAAUACCGCGAAACAAAGGGAACAUUGAACUUCUUCGAAUGUUGCCGGAUCCCAGACGUCGCGUCGAAAUUGACGAUUCAACCGGUGGAUAGAUAUAAUGGCCUGAUCGAUGCUGCUAUAAUCUUCUCCGAUAUCCUCGUUGUCCCCCAGGCAAUGGGUAUGCAGGUUGAGAUGGUGGAUGGAAAAGGACCCAGCUUUCCAAACCCGCUUGACUCACCGAAAGACAUUCAGUACUCAAGAAUGUCACACCAGGAAGUCGAUGUGAAGAAAGAGUUGAGCUAUGUCUAUGAGGCUAUUUCGCUGACUAGACAGAGGCUCCAAGGGCGGGUUCCUCUGAUUGGAUUUUGCGGUUCACCUUGGACUUUGAUGUACUACAUGGUCGAGGGUGGUGGGAGCAAGUUCUGCGCAAGGUCAAAAAACUGGAUAUAUCAAUAUAGCGACGAGUCACACGCUUUGCUACAAAAGAUUACCGAAGUCUGCGUGGAUCACCUUGCUUUCCAGAUUGCAGCUGGCGCGCAACUCGUUCAAGUCUUUGACUCACACGCCGGAGAACUCUCUCCAAGGUCCUUCAGGUCUUUCUCGUUGCCAUAUCUACGGUCCAUCGCAACUGCGCUUCCCUUGAAGUUGCGAGUGAUGGGUCUUGAACCGGUUCCAAUGUCUAUUUUUGCAAAGGGGGCAUGGUAUGCGCUUGAGGAUCUUUGUGUCUCGGGAUAUGAUGUUGUCAGUCUUGACUGGUUACAUGACCCAGCUCAGGCAAUGGCAGUUGCAAAUGGUCGCGUCACAAUUCAGGGAAAUGCUGACCCGGGCAUAUUGUAUGGAGGCCAUGGGGCGAUUCGAGACGCGGUCAAAGAUAUGGUAGAGGGCUUUCAUCACGGAACAAAAGGGUGGAUCGCCAGCCUGGGGCAUGGUAAUAUCACCUCACAAUAUCUAUUGUUCUGUUUUUUCACCACACACUAA